AUGAUAGGUAGCCAAGAAACGGAAGAGCUUGCUCGACAAGCCAUAAUGAAGAAAGUCAAAGAUGAAGAAGCGCUUCAUGCUCGUUUCUGGGAUGUAGCUCCUCUUAUGAUCGAUUCUUUUACAGCCUACGUCGUCAAAGGCAACAAAUCACCUGUGGCUGGUAUCUACCCAUAUUCUAUUACCAAUCCAAAUGGACUUGUUAUCACAUGUCGUUUCGAGUCUACCACGAAGGUGAAUGCCAAGGCGAUUGCCACCAAACUACUCUCCGGUACCUAUGAAAUCGAAAUCGGUUUCUUUUUUGCUGGCUUCAUGCAAGUGAGCACGAAUUUCGUCUCAAUUAUGGGUGAUCAACUACAACGUGUCUUGCAAAAAACAGCGGCUGAUGGAAAUAACACAAAUGCACUGUACAUACACAGAAGCCAAGCGACAAAAUUCACCAGCCAGUAUUUGGCGAAUGUAAAAAAAAUGAUUUAUCAAGAACAACCAAAUGCCAACAUAUCACAGCUAAUAAGUGGACUUGAAGAUCAGUUCACUUCGCUUUUUCACGAAGGCAUGUCGAGCACGAAAGAAACGCGGCUGGAAGCCAACCUUUUUGAAGAAGUUUGGUCGUCUUCUGAUCUGGAUCCGGAUCGAUUAGUAUCAGAAUUGAGUAACGUUAUGACAUACAACGAAUCAGCGAGCGAAGCACAUAACUUUUCUGACAAAUACUUCAAUAUCAAUCAGCAGUCGAGUUCUGCAUCAUCCAGUCAAGGUUCUGGUUUUCUGGGUGGAAUCUUCAAAGGUUUUGGUAUUAAUUUGGGCGGAAGUGGUGGAUCGACUAGUUCUUCCAGUCAUGCAAACAGCUAUACGUCACAUGAAGUUCUUUCGCUGAGUGAGAUUCAACAUCAACUUGAUCAGAGUACCGUCGAAUUCGAGUGGACAGGUGAAAAGUUCAUCCCGAAGGCUUUUAUGGUUUAUAAAUUGGUUGAUCUCACCGAUCAACUUUCGGUAGCCAUCUUUGCCAAAGAACUUCUCGCUCAGAAACAAAAUGGAGCAGUGAUACAUUCAGUCAGUGGGCUGGUCACUCCGAUCACACCCUCAAGUCCACCACCAAGAUUUCUUACUGGGGAAAUCAAACUGUAUAGUGCAUCGGACAUUCCUCCCGCUCCAUGGAUGUUCUGUGAUGGAGCGAUUCUGUCUCGUGUUACCUAUAAACGUCUGUUUGCUGUUAUUGGACUUAGUUACAAUCUUGCCGAAGAUGGUGAUAAUGGCCUCACAUUCCGACUUCCUGAUUUCAGAGGACGUGUUCCACUCGGUGUCGACGAAUUUGAACGACGAGUGCUUCAUGCUAAACGCAUAGGUGCUGCUGGUGGUGAGUCGAUGCCCACGCUCUCCGCCGAACAACUUCCUACUCAUCAACAUGCGUCAGGCUCGUUGACUACAAGCAAUGGCGGUGAACAUUCACACAAUAUAUACGAUCCUGGCCACAAUCAUGGAGGACGGACAGGAAACGCACUAACAACGACGGCAUUCGGAAGCAGUGGCUUCUCAAAUGGUAAAUUCUGGUACAUGCAUACGGAUAUCGAGCACUCACAUCAAAUUCCAACUGGCAAAACUGACAUUUUUAUCCUCAAUUCCACUGACCAUAAUCACAACGUUAUGGGACACACAGCGUCGGUCGGUUCUGGGCUUCCUCUUUCUGUCGUUCAGCCAUUUCAAACAGUGAAUUAUAUCAUCUACACUGGAGAUUGA